UCUCUGGUAACAGACUCAGCAGGACACAAGCUCCUGGUCUUGAGUGGUCAGAGCUCAGAUCACGGUGGCCUUCUCCUUCAAACUGGGGUUUUCACCUACCAGACCUUUUCGCGUGUCUUUGCUGAUCCUGGGGUCAGUGAAUUAUUGGGCACAGCAGCCCCCAAGCAGCAGGCUACACUCACCGUGUCCUGCCGCGGGGAGGUUGGCUGGAGCUCCCUGGGACAACAUCAGAUCCUGCGGGAGUUCCUGGAAUACAGACUAAACCCUGACCCUGUUCUCCCCAAGAUGGAGGGCGUCACUGAGUUCACAGAGUACAUCUCUGAGACGGUCGACGUCCCUUCGCCUUUUGACCUCUUGGAGCCUCCCACCUCUGGGGGCUUCCUGAAACUGUCAAAGCCAUGUUGCUACAUCUUUCCCGGCGGCCGAGGAGACUCUGCUCUCUUCGCUGUGAAUGGAUUCAACAUCUUAGUGGAUGGAGGCUCAGAACGGAAAUCCUGCUUCUGGAAGCUGGUCCGUCACUUGGAUCGCAUUGACUCGAUUUUGCUCACGCACAUCGGUGCAGACAAUCUGCCAGGUAUCAAUGGGCUGCUUCAGAGGAAACUAGCAGAACAAGAGGAAGAACAAUCUCAAGACUCUACAAACUAUAAUGAAUGGAUGAAGAACCUGAUCUCUCCUGAACUCGGUGUGGUGUUUUUCAACGUGCCAGAGAAACUCCGUAUGCCAGAAUCUAAUCUCAAAGUGAAACGCAGCAUUGAAGAGGCCUCCCUGACUUUGCAGUACCUCAACAAACUAGGAAUCAAGCCUGAGCCUCUCUUUCGAGUGGUCAGCAACACCAUUGAACCCAUUACUUUGUUCCACAAGAUGGGUGUGGGCAGGUUAGACAUGUAUAUUCUCAACCCUGUCAAAGACAGCAAAGAAAUGCAAUUCUUAAUGCAGAAGUGGGCUGGCAACAGCAAGGCCAAAACUGGUAUUGUGCUGCCAAAUGGGAAAGAAGGAGAAAUAUCUGUUCCCUACCUGACAUCAGUCACAGCCCUCGUUGUCUGGCUCCCUGCCUGCCCUACAGAAAAGAUCAUCAGAGUGCUUUUUCCCGGGAAUGCACCACAAAACAAGAUCCUAGAGGGGCUGGAAAAAUUAAAGCACCUUGACUACUUGCGCUAUCCCGUAGCCACACAAAAGGACAUCGCCUCAGGAGCUCCUCCCUCUGGUGUAAAACAAACCAAAUUAAAGCAAAGGACAGAUAGCAAAGAGAGUCUCAGGUCGUCUCCAAAGACUACUGCAAAGGCCUCAAAGAAAGAAAGUGAAGGACAGGAUGAUGUGUCAGCUGCCACAGAGGCAAAGAGUGACUCUGUGAAGGAAAAUAUAUCAGAGAAGACUGAGGAGAAAAAGCCAACUAAAACUAUCAAAUCUAAAACUGAUGUGCCAGAAAAGAAAAAGCUCCUGAAAGAAAAAACCUUAAAGAAGCACACCAAGGAAAGGGUGUCAAAGAUAGAUGAGAAAAAGGACAAGGAGAAGAAAGAGAUCAAGAGGGUAAAGAAGGAUGACUCUGCCAAAAAAGAUGAAAAGAAAGAUGCUAAGUCCAAAGAGGACAAAAAGAAGGACACCUCCAAACCUGAGCUGAGGAAGAUUACAAAGCCUGACCUAAAACCUCUUACACCAGAAGUCAGAAAGACAUUACAUAAAGCUAAAGUAUCCAGUAAAGCCAAGACUGGAAAAGUCAAAGCUCCAAAGGCUGAACCUGCUGAGCCGAAGAAAGAAGCGCCAAAACCUGAGACUAUUCAACCUAAACCAGUCGAGAAUGGAGCUGUUGAGGGCAUAUCUGCUUCCUCGACUCCUGAAGACCUCACCAAGGAGUUUGAAAAACUAAAGCAAGAAGCCGCUGUAGCUGUAACAGCACAGCCUUCUGACAGUAUUGAGGAGUCAUUGGAGCCGACUUCACAAAGCCUUACCCAAGAGAAGCAGGAAGCACAAGAAACCACAUUAGAAAUUCCACCUGGCGCAGAGUCUCCAGAAAAGGAGGCAGCAGCCCCAGAAGUGGAAGCCGAAUCUGAAGAAAGAGAGAAGGAGUCGACUCAAGAAAAAGAAGAUGAGUCUCAAAAGUUUGAGGAUGAAGGAGCAGCGUCUCAGGACGAGGAAGAGAAAGAAGAAGAGGCCCCAGCUGCUGAGAAGAAAAUAGAAAAGGAGGAGGAGGAAGAUAUGGGAAUUGGUGAAGAGGAAGAUGAGUCAAAAUGGAAGGACAGUCAAGAUGAUGGACUUGACAGGAAGCAUGAGAUAGAAGAAAUGGAGAAGUCGGAAUCUCUCGCAGCAAAAUGUUUGACAAAAGAGGAGCUACAAAUGGAGGAAGAGGAGGAGGAGGCUGUUGAGAAAGCUGAAUUGGAAGAGGUAGAAGAUUUAGAUGUAAUAGCAGACGAAGAGAUCAAAGUCAAACCUGAAGAUGCAGCUGAAGAGCAAAUGUCCCAUGGACUUCUCGCUGCAGCCAAAGAGGAAGAGGAAGAUGAAGAAGAAGAAGGCUACCUGUCACACGUUGGAGGGGCCACAGCUCCCAUAACCUCAAUAGCUCAAGGAGCUGCCGCAGCUGAACCUAUCUCCUACAUCCAAGACGAGACCAUUCCUGGCUACUCUGAGACCGAGCAGACCAUCUCCGACGAGGAGAUUCACGAGGAGGCAGAAGAAAGGAUACCACACCUUCAGUACGAUGUUGGUGCUUACGACAUAUCUGUUCCCGAUCAGACUGGAUCAUUUGUAAACAUUCAUGGCAUGAGGGAAAUGCAAGCUGCUGCCAUGACAGAGAAAGGCUAUAUUCCAGGUGUGCACGAGCAGGUGUCAGUGUUCACCAACAUCAUUACAGCUCCUCUAGCAGAAGAAGAGCACGUGUCUUCUGCAACGUCCAUCACAGAGUACGACAAAAUAUCCUCCUUCCCUACUUCUAUCGCUGAAGACCAACCUGUGGCGUCUGUCGGGGCACCUACAGCUGAAGAGCCACCUAAAAGCCCCGCUGCUGCGUCGACCCCAUCUGACCAAGGCAAAGAGCAGCCACACUCUGCAGGAACUCUUUCACCACCGUCUUUAGAGGAUGACAAACAAUCUAAGUCUCCCUCAGAUGACUUACAGCUCCCUAUUGCUGAAGUUAAGGUGGCUGCUAAAGCUCCAGCUGCUCAGGAUGAGGAGGAGGAGGAAGAAGAAGAGGAGGAUGAGGAUCAGACUCCUAAUGUUGACAUGUCACUUGAAAAACUCCAACAGGGCUACGCUUCUCUACAGAGCAAAGAGAAGGAUAUUGAAACUCUGACUGGCUCUGUGCCUCCAGUUUCCGCAUCUGUGCAAGACAGUAAACAAAUCCAUCUACCGGUUGAAGAGGAAAAUAAAGAUGCAGUUGCACCUAAAGACAUUUCCUCUGUUGUGCCUACCAGACGUUUUGGAUCUGACUCUGUAACUUCAGAGAGUGAAGAGCGCUGCUUCAGUCCGGAUGACGUCACUGUGAAAAUGGCCUCCCCUCCACAGUCCGGACCACAGAGUGCAGCUCACUCUCCGCUUCGUCAGUCACCAGUGGAAGACAAGACCAAGGUCUCGCCUGAUUUGGAAAUGCACAAGCAAGAGGAGCUCCUCGAUGUAGCCGCAGAAACUGAAGACAAAACUGAAAAGAAAGAUGAAGCAGAAACUGAGAUGAAACAAGAUGAAGGCAAACAGGAUGCAGAGCAGCAGCAGGGAGCAGUUUCAACAUCUUCUGACGUAUCAGUUGACAUAAAAGAGGUUUCAGCAAUGAAGGAUCCAGAAGAAGACUCAUCAGUGGCAAAAGAUGAGAGGAAACAGGUAGACACAGUCCCCAUUGUUGGAACAUCUUUAACCGAGGUUCAACCACCCGUGUCAGAGAAGGAUUCCCUCCUGUCAUCAGGACAAAGUGAUGAAGUGGUCGACAAAGGGCUCAGAGACACAGAACCUGAAGUGCCUCUUCAAGGUAAAUUUCCAGAAGGGGAAAGUGGUUUCCUUGAUGAUGAUGAUGAUGAUGAUAACAAGAAAGGUGAUGAUGAUGACCAUGAUGAUAAAUCUGCUGUUAAAACCGUCGGUGCAGAACAGGAGAAAGAAAAAGGCGACACCUCUGACGGCAUAAAAAUCAAGGAUGAGCAGAAACAGGAAUCUGUCAUCCCAGAGCACAUUUCUGCUGUUGAGUCUACCAUGGAUGAGAAAGCAGAGGUGGGAGCAGUAAAGGACAAAAUCUCUGACAUCAAAUCUUUAAAAGAUGACAACAUUGAAAAGGAAAUUGUCAUCAAAGAUGAGCAGGCAGUACCUGAAAGUCCAGAGAUUGAAAUUGUUGCUUCGGACGCAAAACAAAUCAAAGACGAACAGAAGCAGAAAGAUGUAAAAGAAGAUUUUGACCUGAAGACCACAGACGAGGUGAAGGAGGCAGAGGUUCAAAAGAUUGAGGUGUGUGAUGGUAAUAUUAAAAAAGAGGAAGAGAAGAAAGAGACAGAAAAUGGUGAUACUGUUGAUAUUAGCCCCAUCAAAAGUGAGGAGAAAGAGAUUGAAAAAGCCCAAACAACAGAUACUGAGCCUGUUAAAGACCAUCUAAAGGAAGAGGCAAAGAAGGACGAUGUUACUACAAAAGAUCCUCCAAAAGAUGAGAAGAAAGAGACGGAAACAUCUGAUAUCAAAGUAUUUGAAGUAAAGGAAGAGGACAUAGAGACGGUAAAGAUAGAUGCUUUCACAGAUAAGCCAGGAGAAAAGGAGGCGAUGGAAGACUCUACUGCUAAACUCAUCAAAGAGGAAGACAUUAUUAGUAAGGUUGAUGUGUCUGCUGUAACCAUUACAGAGGAAAAGAGGGAUGGGAUUGAUGCUAUCUCGAGCCUCACCAAGACUGAGGAAAUGGAAGCAACAGUGAGUGGAGAGGAGAGUAUUUCUGCCAAGCAAUCCAUUGAGCAAGAAGAAGAGAAACAAGAAGAUAGCUCUGACACCAAACUCUCCAAGGAUCAGGAAAAAUAUAUGACAACAAGCAAGGGGGAUGCUUACAUCCUCGAACCUACAACAGAAGGAGAAAAGAAGGAUGAAACCAGUAAAGAUGACACUGCUGCUGUAAAAAUAACGAAGGCAGAAGAAAAAGAUAAAUUCCCAAGCAUGGAAGAUCUGUCUGCUGUUAAACCAACUGCUGGAGAAGAAAAGGACCAAAUGGAAAGUAAAGAAGAUACACUUGUGAUAAAACUUGACAAGGUUGAGGAAAAAGAAGAACUUCUGAGUACGCAAGAUACAUCUGCUGUUAAACCGGCUGAUGGAGAAGAAAAGGAACAAGUGGAAAGUAAAGAAGACACAGUUGAGAUCAAACUGAGCCAGGUAGAAGAGAAAGAUCAACCCCUCAGUAUAGAAGAUACUUCCAAACCAACAGCUGGAGAAGGAAAAGAACAGGAAGAAAGUAAAGAGGAUACUACGCCAUUAAAACUUAGCAGAAUGGAGGAAGAGCAGGUGAUGGUAUCCAAAGAUGUUGCUCAAACAAAGGCAGAAGCAAAAGACACCCUUGAGGAGUCCGUCAAAUCCGUCAUGGAGGACGACAAGGGGCAAGAAACGAUCAAAGAUGAAGACGUCAAAAUCACCAAGAUAGAGGAAGAGGAUGUGAUAAAGAGGGAAGAUAUUUCUGCUGUCCAAAUGUCUGAGGAUAAAAUGAGCCCAAAGGAUGACACUGUCGUUGCCAAACCCUCCAUGGAAGAACAAAAGGAGAAAGAUCUCGGUAGAGAUCUUUCUGCUGUUGAAACGGCGAUAGAAGGAAAGGAGAAAGCAGUGGAUAAGGAGGAAGCUAUAACUGUGAAACUAUCAAAGGAGGAGGAUUAUAGUGAUGAAACUAAAACCAUCAAGGAAGAAAUAGAUACAGUGACAGUUAAGGAAGACAUUUCUGAUAUCAAACCUACAAGAGAGGAGAGCAAAGAGGAGGCCAGUGAAAAACCUCUUGCAGCUGAGGAUGAGAAGGAACAGAUGAAGGAUGAAAAGUCAGAUAUGAAGCUCAUAAAAGAAGAGACAAAAGAUGAAUUUUAUGAGAAAGAAAUUCAAGUCAAAGAGGAACCCCUGGAAACAGGGACAAAAAUAAAUGACAUUUCUGAUUUGGGGUCUGUACAGGAGCAGAAGGAAAAAGAUACAGAGGACACUUCUGUUGAAACCAUGAAGGAUGAAAAAAGUGGCAUUCCUAUCAAACAAGAGGCUAAAGAGCAGACGAAGGGUGAUAUCUCAGAGCACAAAGCAAUUUUGGAGGAAAUGAAGGAUAAAGACUCUGAAAAGGCCGACAAAGAAAAGGAGAAAGAAACAGACUUAAGUGUUCGGCAUCUCCAAGAUGAUGCUGGCCAUCCUUCACAGCCUGAAUCUAAGGCAGAUGAUAAAAAAGAGGUAGAUCUUCCCGGCCCUCAGACCUCAGAGGAGAAGGAAACUAAAAAGGAUGAUAUUUGCGACAUUAGUGAUAAGCAUAUACAUGAAGAAACCUCUGAUAUGCUUACAGGAUCUCAGAAAGAAAAAGAAACUUCUGCCGCUUCAUCAAUGGAAGUGCAGCCAGACAUCUCUGUGAGUACAUCAAGUGAGGCCCUGAAACCUGUGAAAGGUGACAUUUGUGUGGCUCCCAGCCUAAUGCAGAAAGAGGAAAAAGAACAAGAUGAGGAAGAAAAGGUCAUCAUAAGUCCAGAAGAGAAGAUGGAGAAAGAAAAAGAUGAUGCUCAUGUCGCUGAACUUAGCAAAGAAGAGAAAAUGGAAAAGGAGCAAGAAAAAGAAUACACCUACGAAGACAUCAAAGAUGAAAAGACGAUUAAAGAAAAGGAUGCCGCCGAUGUGAAAACAGACGAAAUCACUGAAAAGGAAAAGUAUGACUCGUCUGAUGCAGACCACACAAAAGAGGAGAAAUGGGAGAGAGAGGAGUUACAGGAGAAAGCGCUGGACAAAGCAGUGAAACAACCUGCUCAGGCAGCAGUAGAAGAAGAAGCAGCAGCAGCAGCAACAGCAUCAAAGUCAGAUUACAAACCUGCAUUUGUGCUCCAGUCCUCGGAUGAAGACAGGGAAGAUGAAGACGAGGAGGCCAUUUGUAUGGGAGGAGCAGGCUCCAGGCCUUUGUCCGUGGAGAUUAAAAAACCAGAACAUGACUUUUCCUCUGCAGGUCUAACCUCUUCUCAAACACCACAGACAAGUGACCAAACUAAACCACCAGUGACGCAAAAGAUCACAGUUAUAAUACCAACACUUACAAUGCAGGAGCCCUCAAUAGAUGAAGACAUCAAAGAAGAAUCCAGACCCUCACCCGAAGCAGGCAAAGAUGUGAAAACAGAAAUCACACCUGCACCACUUGCCAAGCCAGAGCCGUCCUUUGAUAAUGUCACAUCAAAGGAGGAGGCGUCCUCUGUUCCAAAACAAGAAACAGCCUCUGAUAUCCCCGCGGGUAAAGCGCAACCAAUGUCAGACUCAACUGAGAAAAAGCCUAUGUUGUCAACAGUUUCAAGCAGUGACAGUCAACAGAGGAGCAGUACACUUUCGAGCACUGAGAGCCAGUCCAGUGUGGAGGAAGCCCCGCUACAAGACAAACAGAUACCACCUCAGGCAAGCUCAUUUGCCAGUGCUACGGAAAAGACAAAACUGGACGAGAAACCAGAAAAGGAAGCCGAGAGGGAGAUGGAAGGAGAGCGAGAGGUAGCUUCUCCAGGAUUAUCAAAACCUUGCUCUUAUUUCAUGUUGGACAAACAUUCUCCGGGUGCCAGCCAGGCUGUAAUUCCGAAAUCUGACACUGCAGAAAUGGAGAGAGUUGAAAAGUUGACCUCAGAGAAGGAAACGGUUAGUGAGAGCCUUGGAGAUGAAAAGCAAACAUUUGGUGCAUCUAAGUAUGAUCCUUAUGAAAAGCCCAUUCCAAAAGAUCAUGACUUGGACUCCAGAGAUGAAAGUGAAGUAGCUCUAGGUUUUGAUCACGCCUCCGAUAUUGGCAUCGAUGACAACAGAAGAACAAGCCUGGCAGAGGCUGGAGCAGCCAUGUUCCUCCUGGAUGAUCAGUACAAAGAAGAACCUCUGUCCUUCAGUAGAGUUGACUACAGUGCCGCGUCCCUCACAGAGAGUGAAAGAAGCAGCCACCACAGCCCAAGUGCCUCACCCAAAUAUGAAGAUAGAGAAAAGGGCCAGGAGGAGGAGAGUGAGAGAGAAGAAAGACCAGAAACACAUUAUGUUGACAAGAACUUUUCAUCCAUAGACACCCAAGAUAACAAACUGUUGCAAGCUGCUGAGUCGUACUCUUUUAGUCCCAAAGAGGACAAACCAGAGAAAACAGAGAAAGAGAAAGAGGAUAUGAUGGAAGGUGCUGCAGCAGCUUCUCAAAUAGCUGUAACCGAAGACAGUGAUAGUCUUUCUAUCUGUGCUGCUGUACAACCAGCAGGCACAUCAUUAAGACAAGAAUCAACCUCUUCAUCAUGGAGUCAAUCAGAUCUCAGUGCCCAAGUUUCAGCUUCUCCUGCAGCCUUUGGAGAAAUAACAUUUAAGAGAACAGAAAAGGAGAAAGAGAAAUCUGAUGAGUCGCUCAAAGACAAAAAGGAGUCCUCUGAUGAUGAAAGAGAGGGAUCAGCGUGUGGUCGGCAUUCACCUGCAGAAAAAGACAUUUUACCUCAAAAAGUGUCACCUAUGAAAACAGAGGAAUCUUCAAGUGUCUCAUCUGCGGCAACAUAUUCAGGACAAGUAAUAGAUGAUAAUGUUUUGGCAUCUGACAAUAGUCAAGUUAGCAGCUCUGCCACUUCUAAAUCAGUGUUAGAUUUCCCUGACAGUAAAGAGCUCCUAAUAGAAAAAAGGUUACUUGUAGAAGGAGAAGAUUUCAAUGUUGAUGAUGAUGACGAGGAUGAGGAGGAGGAAGAGGAGGAAGAAGAGGAGGUGUGUAGUGAUGUCGAUAUGGAAAAAGGUGCCAGAGAACAGUCUGAAAAAGAGAUGUGCAGACGUGGAUCUGAUGAUAGUGCUACGUUGGCAGAGGUAAAUAAGAACUCUCAGUUGCCUGACUUAAGCUGCCAUAAAGAGGAACCAAUCUGUAAACCAAUACCUGAUGAGGCCUCUGCAUCUAAAGUCACAGAGACAGACAAACAGGACCUUAGCAAGACAACACCCUCUCCUGAAGCAAAACAACUCAAAGAUGAUAGUACAGGUUUUGGUGGUGCCAUGUCCAAAUCUCCUGAGACAAAAAGCGAAGAUGUGAGUAAAACAGACCCAAGUGCUCACAAAGAAGACGAAAGCUGUUUAACUAAAUCAGAUGCCUCAAAGCUUCCUGAAACAGAGGAAGAAGAGGACACAGACAGAAAGCUGUUGUCUCCUUUGCCUGAUACAAAGAGAAGGUUGUCGUCAGCAAUGGAAUUUACCUCCUCCGAAGUACUACAGUCACAAAAAGCUGAUCAAGACAAACCGUCUCAAUCGCCAAGCUUUUUGACAAAGGAAUCUUCUCAAGCAAUGCCCAUAAGCAGCUUUCCAGGAAUCUCUUUGCCACCUGACAAUUCAGAGCCUAUACCCAGGGUUUCAUCUAGUUCCCCUUCUCCACUAGGAAGUAGCUAUGCAGAUAUUGGACAGAGCAGAUCUGAAGGUUCCUCUGAGCCUUUAUGCAAAGAAAGGAGUCAAGCAGGGUCAAAGGACGAGACCCUUGUACUCUCAGAUGCUUUCCAUCUACCCCAACAUAUAGAUGAUAAACCUUUCAGUCAAAAGGACUUGAAAAAAGAAAAUCAAGCCGAAAGGCAGACAAUAGAUAUAACUGCAACACAUGAGGGAACUACCUCAGCUUGCACGUACACUACCUUAACAUACUCAACUUCAACAUUCUCCUCUACAUCAUACAGUUUCUCGUCCUCAGCUUCAACAUCUUCCCCUAUGAGCCAACAGUCUGGAGACAAGGUUGAAACUUACACAACACUAUCACGUUCUGACGUAUCUCUUGCAAAAGAGGAGUCAUCAUUCAGGACAGAGCCGUCAAGCUCCUGCUUUGGAGGUUUUCAGAGAGAUGAGUACAUGGAGGUGACAAAACCUGCAACAAAAGUUUCUUUUCCAAGCCAAUUUGAUGAGACCAAACCAUUGUCUCCAGGCUUGCCUACCACCGCCAAGCAGACUGAUGAUAAAGACAGUGCUCUAAAGCCUGAAAAAGAGACAAAGUCAAGCAUAGAUAGUUUUUAUAUGUUAGAGACGAAGACUGCAACGUCCUCUACAGUACCAUCCACACAAAGUAUGGAACCAGUAAAGGCAUCAGAGAGUUUAUCCACAUCAGAGGCUUGCUUUGAUGUAUCCCCCCUCCAAAGGGCUGACUCCUCUGACAGGGUGUGCCCAGGGUCAGUACAAGAUAAGCCUGAAACACUUGAAAUGGAAGAUAGCACCCUACCAUGUCGUAUUGAAUGUGAAAAAAUCGAAGUGGCUGAGCAAAAAGAGACUGCAUCGUCUACAACUGAUUCAAAUCUGGUGGAGAGUACCACUCUCUCCACUGAGAAGACCAUUACCAUCACAGCAAUGACUGUUGUGUCCAAACCAACUCAAGAGACUGUCACAGAUACUUCAAGUUGUGAUAGUGAAGCUAGCAAAACCUUAUGUGCCACAACAGUCUUGUCUAAAACAGAAGAAGAUAAAGAGAAAUUGGAGAAAGCAAAGGUGGACAAAGACGAAAAUACAAAAAGUACUAUUGAACCUUUUAAGGAAGAUGCAAAGGUAUCACAAAAAGAAAUAAUGGUGGCACCAUCUGAUCCAAAUAUGUGUAAAAAAGGAGAAGAUGGUAAAAAAGGAGAGGCAGAAAAGGUAGAGGAGAAAAGUUUGUUGGACAAGCCACCAGAGAGAUUACAGGGUAGGAGAAAGAGCAGCAUAUCUGAUUGGGAGCUAAUACAGAGGCCUGAUGAAUACCCAAGUGCCCCUCCUCCAGGUUAUGGUGAUGACGAUGAGGAGGAGGUAGAGGAGGAAGCAAUGGAGUGGGUAACUAGUGCCCACAGUGCCUCUGUGUCUUCCUCAAAAGAUCCCUGUCAAACAGAAACUUCUAGCAAAAGACCUGUAAAAGCUGAUCGUCCCUCUGACUUGAACACUGGAGCCGCCUCCUCUUCUGCCUCCCAUGCUGGCUUUUCCUCCUGCGAAUAUAAACAUCGCAAGGGAGAACUAUCGCCUUCAUUCAUCAACCCAAGCCCUCAUCUGCUCUCCAGUGAUGAGGGUGAGGAGGAUGAACACAGUGACCACUCCCAAGAUGCUGACGAGGAUGAUCAGGAGCAACACUCAGUGAAGAGGAGGUCGCACAAGCAGAGGCGCCAACAUCCUCAGAGUCAGCAUGGAGACUCUGGACAAGGGCCACAUCAGAUGCCUGGCUUGUCUUCUGGCUUGGCUGUGACAUUAGCUGGAGAGGAAACACCCCCAACGUCAGUGAGUGAGUCAUUGCCUACACAGUCUGACUCUGACGUGCCGCCAGAAACCGAGGAAUGUCCGUCAAUAACAGCCGAAGGAAACCUGGACUCUGACGAAGACGCUGAACAUCUGCCAGUAGACAAAUUAUCUGCAACUGGAGCUUCAGGAGGUCACCGUCCUCCCUCACCAAGGUCUACUCAAAAGACUCACGAUCCCCUCCCCACACCGAUGAAGGACCCCCAUCCCCAUCCUCCCCAUCCAGAUGUGUGCAUGGUAGAUCCAGAGGCUCUUCUCAAUGACCACAGCAGCACAGAGAAACUUCUCAAGAAGGAGCACAAGACCACAAAGGGCCUCAGGAAGAGCAAACCCAAGUCAGCUUCCCCGGCCCGCAAAAAUGAAGUCAGGAAGAGGUCCUAUACUCCAGUGAAGCAGACUUCUAAGGAAUCUGCUUCUCCUCGAUCAGCCUCCCUGAGGAGGAGGGACACUGAUAGAAGCUCCAGGCUGAACAAGAUGUCUGAAACCCAGAGUGCUAGGAGUGACACGGGAGUUAAAGGCUUGGUCAAUGGUGUCAAGAGCACAUCAGUCAACAAUUCUCAGAAAACAGGCUCAGCCGUCCCUGCUGGACCACCAGUCUAUGUGGACUUGGCCUAUGUACCAAACCACUGCAGUGCAAAGAACGUGGACCAGGAAUUCUUCAAAAGAGUGAGAGCUGCUUACUAUGUGGUGAGCGGGAAUGACCCAGGCAGUGGAGAACCCAGUCGUGGAGUCCUAGAUGCCCUGCUGGAGGGCAAAGCUCAGUGGGGCUCCAAUUUACAGGUGACUCUUAUCCCCACCCACGACAGCGAGGUGACCCGGGAAUGGUACCAGCAGACCCAUGAGAAGCAGCAGGACCUGAACAUCAUGGUUCUGGCCUCUAGCAGCACCGUAGUCAUGCAGGAUGAGUCCUUCCCCGCCUGCAAGAUCGAAUUUUGAGCUUCAAGCACCAUGCUGUGCUCUCCUACUCUUGUCCCAUCCUCCCCCUCCCUGUCAUGCGUCCUCACUGGAGGUAGAGUGAGCGGACAGCACUCUGCUUCUUCAAAGCUUCUCGCUUACUCAUGGUAUCACUCAAAUGCAUUUACUGCAACCCUCAAACAACUAGAUUAUGUUAGCUGAAAUCAAAGUCAGAAGUUUGGGUUUGUGCUCUGCGUGAUAGUGUGGGGUUAUCUUGCAAGUAAUAAACUACUUUCAUGUUUGUUAUCGCUGUGAGUAAACUGUUUGCCCUAACUCGUCUCUUAUUCAAGCACCAGUUGUGCUUGAUCAAAAAAUCUUAAAAGCUUUCUUUGCCGCAUAUCUAACAAAUACCCAUCUUUAUCCUAAAACUUACCACAAACUACAGAUUAGUCAAGUGUUGGUCUGAAAAUGUUGCCUUCAAUCAAAUCAAUCUCAAAUGUAACAUUUCCAAAAGUGGCAAAAUUCUUGUUCAAAUGUUCAAAACAAGUGCCAAAACACUGAAAAAUUCACAUUUCUCAAGACUGUCUCCUAAAUGAAUGAGAGACUGAUGACUUCAUGCAGUGUUUUAUAAGAGUAGAACUGUUCCAUAAGUUUCUUCAUAUGAAGCUUCCAUCUGUGCACAUGGCAAAACCCAUAGGUUGCAGCUCUGCUCACACCACAGUAGUUUUUGGAAAUAACUCAAUAGAGACAUAAAUUGAUGUUAUGUAAAAGAAACAAUGUUCCUUCUUGUCAUUUUGUGAUGAAGUUUUAGGGGAUGCCUGAAGUUGCCACUGUUUGAAAUCUCUCUCUUUCGGCUUUUACAGCUUUGUUGGUGCAUGAUGCUUGCAAUUUAGCUCAGACUGUCCGAACUGCAUAGGGUUAAUCGUUUCUUUAGCCAGCCUCUGAGUGUGGAAUGCAGUUUAGUGCAGAUAGAUAACUACACCUGUUUGGCUGUGAAUUCAAUAGGCGCCAGGCAAAGGGACGAUGUUUGCACAGUAAUCAUAUCUCUGCUGGAUGUAACGGUUCCUCUUUAAGUCGUAUCACGCUCUAUGUUGGUCAUAUGUACUCCUGUAUACGCACAGUAUAGGGUAAAUGUUUCUACAUCAAUACGAUUUGUUGAAAGAUUAGUUAUUUCGUGAUGAUGCAGCAAAAUAAUGAUCCUGAAGCGAAUUUUGAUGAGGUUUAAUUUUUCCAUCAUUUCCUCCUGUUCAGCUACAUUUUACCGUUUGUUGAUAUCGUAAAGCGAUGAAAAAAAAACAAGCAUUGACCUGAGACAAAUGUAGCAACGGAAGCUUGUCUGCUUGUUCCCUUAGAGGAACGUUAACAUCAGUUUGAACUGCAAUAUUUUGUAUUUAUUGAUGGGGUUGUUUUUCAGGAUAGAAAUAUAUACAUAUAUAUAUAUAUAUAUAUAUAUAUAUGUAUAUAUAUAUGGAGUGUGUAAUAGGAGGCUUCUUUCACGUGCCUUUAGCUUGUGGUUUUGUAGAGAGGGAAUUAUUUGAAGGACAUGUCAGCCAUUUUGAAGCAGAGCCAGGGUAAAGAAAGGAAACCAAAUGUAAGGACUUUGAAACAGAUGACAAAUCAGUCAAUACAGAACAUACACAAACCUUCGUCCACAACCAGGACACUCUGAAAUUGUCAAGCUAUACAAUACAAACUAUUCUGAAAUGUCACUUUUAAACCAACAUGAAUGUCUUCGAGCAAAGUAUUGCACCAAAUAGGAAUGUACUUUUAAGAGGUGUGAGAGUUGAAAAGUUGGAUUUUUGUGUGAUGAUGAUGACAGGGAUAGAAGUAGCAGAGAAUAACUCAAAUAUAUUAUAGAUACUUAAAUAUAAAGAAUUUUUACGCAAAGAUCCUCCCAACUGAGUGAGACAAAAUCUCACUAUGAAGCAAUUAUCUAAUCUUAAUCCCAGAGACGUAUGUAUAGAACGAGCAUGAACGUGAAUGUUUAGGAUUGUACAAGAAGCAGUUAUAAAGUAGGAAUGUCUUUAGAGUACUUUUUGUGUUUGUUAGUUCACAAUGAAUGCACAGAGUAGCUGUUUUUGUAACGCAGCAUGGGUUGGAGAGUGAGGUAAAGUGUGAAAGGUCUUUUUGUUAGAAAGACCGGAGAGAAACUCAUAUGCACAUGUGACCUUUAUACACAUGGCCAAGUUGGAUUUUAAAUGUGUAUAGGAAGAUAUUUUUAUUUGCAAUCCAUUCAGGUUUAAUUUUCUCCUUCAUUGUUCUCAGAAGCAAAUGCAUUUUUUGAAUUAUAAUUAGUUUUGGUCAAAAUAAGAAAAACAUUUCUGCAAAGAUGUUUCCAUCAAAAGGUGGAUUUUUUUUUUUUGCUUGUUUGUUUUGUUUUUAUUUGAAGCUAAGGGCAGGCGAGGCGGACGCUUGGAUUUCUAGAAAGUAUGCUGUUUGAGGAUUCGAUGACAGAUUGAUUAACAAGAUGUCGCCAACUUCAUUCAGUUUUUUUCUCCAAACUGAUAAAAACAUGAACAACAUGGUCAGCCUGUAUUAGCCUGGGCCCCUCCCCCCCCUCCUUCUGUCAAAACGCUAACACUACUUUUAAACUGGAAGUUUCAAAGCCUCAAUAUUCAAAGAUUCACAAGUUGCCACAGAUUGUAAUUAUUUUUCUAAACAUUAUAUAACCCCAUGAUGUACUGUUUAAGAGGCAGACAUAGCUUUUUUUAUCCCACUGGGGAAGAGUCUGAUGCAGGGUGUUUAUUACACAGCUGGGAACGCACAAGUUACACACACACACACACACACACACACACACACACACACACACACACACACACACACACACACACACACACACACACACACACACACACACACACACACACACACACACACACACACACACACACACACACACACACACACACACACACACACACACCUUCGUCUGAAGGGAGUACAUAAUCUAAAGGCCAGAACACAACUUGCACACGAUCAAAUUGACUCCCUUGUAUACAGUUUACGAGUGUUUGUGAUCUGGUCGAACAACAAGUGUUUUUUCAGCCCUUCUUCAAUGCUGUCUGGAAACAAGGAGCUUUUUCAAUGUAUGGAUCAGAUUUUGUGGAUGGCCUGAUGUGUCGUAUACUGUCUUUGAAUCCUGUUUUUAAGUUGGCAGAUUCCAAAUAACUGGCCUUGAGCUAUACAAAUAUAUAUUUUUUUUUUGUCAAGGCAUCAGUUGAACGCUGCGAGUCGCUUGAUGAUGACCGUCUGACUAUACACGAGCUGAAUGCACUAAACAGGAAAUCUAUUUUUCUGAAUGUAGAGUUGGUACUACUGUGCGAACGCUGCUGGAUCAAAUCAAGUGACAAAAAAAUAAAUAAAUACAUAAACAAAAAAAAAAGGAAUAACUCUCACACAAACCUAGACAGAUCUAAAUGUUAGGGAGCAGGCGGAUACUGGUUUCUGUUUUGACAAACUGUCGCCUCAGUUCCAAUCGUAUCCUGAAGGGGGAGACAAGUUUGACUUUUAUCGAGUCAGCGAUCCCACAAUAGACGUCUGAACAGUAACACAGAAAAAGUACAAACUGCAGCUGCAACUUUUCCUGAAAAUGACUUGAAACACAUGCAGACUCAAAAAACAACCAUCAGUAAAAAACGGAAAACUAAAGCUACAUGUACACAUCUGUACGGUACGCAGAAUUGUAAAUAUCGCUCUGGAAAAGGAACAAACCGGAAAGAUACAAACAAACUAUCCUUCUUCUUCUUGUGACACCUGUUCAUUUCUCGCUGAUUUUAGUGACAGUGCGAUACAAACUGUUAACUUCUCCUGGAACUAAGAAAACAACAAACAUAACGCAGACAAGAUACAGAACGAGAAAAAAAAAAAAGUGCAUCUUUCAGUUCCAUUCCAUCGCCAUACCUGCAUUAAAAUGACGAUAUCAUUUGAUCACGAUAUGGUGUCAUGUGUCCAUCUAAUCUAUCUGCAUGUGAUUUAUUUAGUUAUAAUCCUGAAUGUAAUUGUUUAACUUGGAAAUAUUAAUAAUAAUAAAAAGAUACACUGCUAUUUUAAAGAGAUAUAUUUGAAAAAAAAAAGAAGCUAAUUGUCUUAACUGGUACUGAAAUGACCUACAGUAAUAUAAUACUGGGCUGUGCUUUUAUUGUUUGCCCUAUUAACAUGUUGUUAAGAAGACGCUGUAUUUGUAGUUCCGUUCGAUUCUCUCUCUUUCUCUCUCUCUUUUGCAUUGUAAUAAUCUUAGUUCUGUUUUUCUUCCUCAGUGCAAUAUUCAAUAUCUCUCUGUCUCUUUAAAUCUAACUGAUAAAACUAGAACUACUGCAAAUUCAUUGUAAAAGGGAAACAGCCUGGUGAUCAUCAAUUAAAGUUCAUUGAAAUCUAAA